UGGUACGAAACAUAAUUACUUAAAUUAAUCAGCAUUCCAGAGAGGUAAGACAAAAUAAAUAUAAUAAAAAAUAUAACCCAUAUAUAUCUAUAAUAAAUAUAAUUACUUAUAAAAUAUUCUGUAAGUACAAGAAGGUUUCUCUACAAAUCCUCACAAUGUAGUUUUCGUAGUUCCUCCGAAUAUUCUUGGCGAACAUACUUAUAAAUAUAUUUUUUCACAUACUAUGAAUAUAAACACGUCUGGUUCUAAUUUUAUUCGUGGUAUAAAAAUACAAUAUUUUUAUCACUACUUAUCACCAACAUGCCACGAACCAGAAAGUUCAUAAGAAAAAUAAAUCCACUCCCGUAAUUAAUUUAAACAGUGUGUUGAUAUUUUGACAUAACUUUGCAAUAGCACACACCCAUGUGCACAGGACAAACCACGAUAAUAAUUUGUACAAGCUAUGCACACAGAUAAAGACAUUGUGCCCUUGCGGCACGCUGACCCAGUGAAAUUGUAGGUAAAAUCGAUGAAGAGUGCAACCGGGUAAACACUAGUCGGCUUGUGUGUGUGCGGUAGCCCACUACAACACGGCCUUGUAUUAACGAGGAUCAGUCCUCAAUCGGCAAGGGACCGCGGUGCGCAUGCCCGGCCGCACUGUCCCACGCAAGCGCACUACCGCCUCGCAAACGAACACCCAGUGCAGUUAAAUAAGUGAAUAAAUCCUCAAAAAAUAAGUAAACCACAAAACAAAACAUGAUAGGACCUUGUUAAUAUCCUAGGGGCCAAAUUAGUGUAAGUGUUUCUGAUGUGCAAGCUAGUGGGCACCUUUGUGUUGUUGCUGCUGCUAUCACUGGAUUCCCGGGAUUGCUCGGCCAGCAGUCAAGAUGACAAAAUCACACUCAAUAGCGUGCAACAUUGGGCAGUCAAACUUGGCUCAGAACUUAGUUCUUUCGGCGAAGUUAUUACCAGGAAGAAAAGGGUUCAGGAGAGCUUCAAAUCGGCUCAAAUAGAAUCUCGAGAUGGCGAAAAACUUGUUCAAAGUAUGGCUGAUGAUAUCCGAGCGAUGAUGGAGCUCAAAGUCAGUGCCGUAAAACGGAUAGUCGAAGCGGCAGAAAACAUGGCUUUUGACAAACAGAGCGAGCCUGUGCCGGAGGACUACCAGUUCUAUAACAGCAAGGAAAUGGACGAGCCAUACGACGAAGUGUCGAUCACUACCACAGCAGAGCCAGAUUUUAAUCUUGAGAACUGGAUUGUGCGACCGCCUACUAAAAGUGCUCACCUACAAUUAAAUGCACAUUUUUACAACAUACCUGUCAAUACUAACUUUAGUAGCGUACAUGUUCCAACGAACGUCUACGCUUGGGCGGAUGACGUUAUAAAGGGAAUCCAUUGGUCUGAGGGGCUGGACACGCAUUUCAUCAAUAAUUACCAAAGUGAUCCCACGCUUUCUUGGCAAUAUUUUGGAAGUUCUACGGGGUUCAUGAGACAUUAUCCAGCAAUGAAAUGGAGAGCUGAUCCAGUCGACAUUUACGACUGUCGCACGAGAGCUUGGUACAUGGAAGCAGCGGCUAGUCCCAAAGAUGUGGUCAUACUAGUUGACCGUAGUGGUUCGAUGACUGGCCAGCGACGAGACAUCGCCAAACACGUGGUCACCAACAUAUUGGAUACUCUAGGCAAUAAUGAUUUCGUCAACGUUAUGACUUUUGCUGACACUGUUGAAGAAAUUGUUCCAUGCUUUGAAGACUCUUUAGUUCAGGCAACAAUGGGAAAUUUAAGAGAAUUGAAGUUAGGAUUGGACAACUUUGAAACAAUGGAGAUAGCAAACUUUUCUGCAGCCUUAACGAGAGCCUUUGAACUUUUGGAAAUGUACAGAAAUAAUAGUGGAGGCGCCAACUGUAACCAGGCUAUAAUGCUGGUUACGGAUGGCGUCCCAUACAAUUAUAAGGAGCUCUUCGAGAAAUACAACUGGAAAUAUGACACCCCUGUCAGGGUUUUCACGUACCUGAUAGGGCGUGAGGUAAAGGUGGCGGACGUACGGGAAGUGAAAUGGAUGGCGUGCGCGAACCGGGGGUUCUACGUACACCUCAGCACGCUAGCGGAGGUGCGCGAGCGCGUGCUCGAGCACGUCAACGUACUGGCGCGCCCGCUUGUGCUACAGCGAGAGACGCAUCCCGUUGUCUGGACUCCUGUUUACGCUAAUGUUACGGACCCCAAGGUCGCAGAUUAUUUAUGGGAGCAACGAGAAAGAGCUGAGCAGAAGGAACGGUUUAUGAGCCAACGACGCGAUAAGACACACUUCAACUCUGAAACGGAACAAAAUCGCAGAUGGAAAAUAACUCAGAUGAAACAGGGCCAAUACAGCGAACUCGGUAACUCUCAGUAUCAACUUAUGACAUCAGUAUCAAUGCCAGUGUAUGAUCUUCGACACAAUGAGAACAUCACAGAGAAUGUACUGAUAAAUGAAGCUUACUGGGUAUCAGUUACGAAAGAGCAUUCGUACGUCCACAACCAAUCGCAGUCCGUAGAGGAGAACGGCCAAAAGGAGAUGCGUAUAGCUAGAUUGUUAGGAGUGGCGGGGACUGAUGUGGCUCUGUCCGAGAUACAAGCGUUGAUGACACCUUACAAGAUCGGAGUAAACGGGUAUGCCUUCAUAGUGACGAAUAACGGGUACAUCUUGAUUCAUCCUGAUUUGAGGCCUGUGUACCAACAAAUAUUAAAGCCAAGUUACAACAGCGUGGAUAUGAUUGAGGUUGAACUUUUCGAUGAUGACCGAAGCCCACGAAACUUCAGCAAAGAACUAACCGCGCUUCGCCAAGAAAUUAUUGACCAAAGAACUGGAAACAAGAUCAUGAAUGUAAAGUACCAUAUGGACGAUAUGAAAAGAGCAUCCCGAGCUAAAAAGCAUUACUUUUGGACUGGCAUCAGCGAGUCCCCGUUUACCCUCGUGGUGGCUAUUCCGGAGAACUAUGGGCGUCAUAGGAUCACGCCACCUCCUAACGACGACAUCCACCGCCUCUCGCUCACCUUCAAGAACAUAUCGGCUCAGCAAUUCCUUCUGGACAAGUGGAGCGUCCAUCCUGACUGGUUGUACUGUCGUCACUACGAACGUUCGUUUUCAUCUCCCGAGGAGGAGCUAUCUUACUUUUUGGAACGAGUAGCGCGGCCGGGCUGGCGCUGGCCCGCCAAGCCCCGGCCUCCUGAACAUCACAAGAACAAGGGACACGAGCGACACAACGGAACCUCAGACGGGCGCGAGCGCACGAAGGCUUCUAACAGCACGCCUCGAAAUGAGUAUUAUUGCGACCACGGAUUAAUGCAGGCCCUAGUAUAUGACGCGAUCAACACGGCGUGGUUCAACAAAAGCAUUACGGAAUCUGCGUCCAACGAAACUGCGCUCAAGUUCAUCGAACGAUUCGGAUACAUCGUGGCGUUCAUGGCUACACACAGCGGACUCACCAGGUGGCAGACGCAUCCUCCCCGAGAACACGAAAACAGCAGCGAUAGCAGAUUCGAGUUCGGAAAGCAAUGGCCACGAGCGAUCGACGAGGUCUGGUACCGGCGGGCGGUCGAGCAGCACUAUGUCGACCCUCUCAGCUACGUAUACAGUGUAGAGAUGAACACAGAGAAGGUCCCUUUGAACGUGAGCGCGGCGGUGGUCACUGCGGCCCACGCGGUGUUCCACGGGGAUGGCCACAGGAAGGCGCCCGCUGCAGUCGUCGGAUACCAGUUCCAGCAUGACCGCCUCGCUGAAUGGUUCUUCAACAUCACAGCUACGUGCGAUAACAACAAAGGAUGCUGCGCAUCAAAUGCAUGGGAUUGCUUUUUAGUUGACAGCAAUGGAUGGAUAAUAGUCAGCGAAGACGGCAACCAUACAGGACUGUUUUUCGGCAAGAUUCGACCCGAUAUCAUGACAAGACUCGUUGAAGAUGAAGUGUACAAGACCAUACACAUAGUGGACUAUCAAGCGGUUUGCUUCAGAGAAAAGAAGACAACCAACCCUGCAGCCACGCUCCUUACGCCGUUGGAGAAUGUGCGUCUGAUCCUGGCGUGGUUCCUUGCGACAAGUGUUUGGCUAUACAAUACCAUUACAGUAGGUUUGGCUCAGGGCUCUGUCUACACAUUCGACGACGAGAAUGUUACACCCACCGUGGCGUACCAGAAUUACGAGAACGACGAAGAGACUGACGACCCGUUCCUGACGAAGCCGCCGACGGCGCGGGUCGAGCGUGACUUCGAGAAGCUGGUACUGAUCAACAGGACACGGCCGACGCCUUGCGACAGAGAGAUGUACCUCUACCAACUCGACUACUCUAACUUAAACGAGAAACUUAACAAGCCCCUGAAAGAGUGUGAUCGACCGUUCUACGCGCAGUUAGUGAACUUUACAAACAUGCUGCUUGUAGUGGUGGAUGCUAACUGUCCAAAAGAAGAAGGUUCAGUGUUCUCUGUGGAGCCGACCGAAGUGCUGUACAAUGAAACGCUGCCGUGUUUGAAGCACAUACAUCCGCUGUACAGGAAGCAACCAGUUUCCUGCAUCCGCAGUCAUCCAGAGGAGAGCAACAUUGAUAUGUGCGGGCGCGCGAGCAUUCCUGGCAGAAAUUUGUUAUGGAUUCCUCUGGCAGCAGUCUCAAUUUAUACAUAUGUGUAAAAUCUAUCCUUGACUGGAAUUGCCCUAAAUUUUAAUGUCCAUUGUAUUUUAUAUACUUUAAAAAGGUGGUGAAUCGCAUUACUUCAGCACGUCUAUCUCGUCAUGCACAUAACGAUGUGUCGAGUCGCGCUUGAUGUAUGAAAUAGCGCGAUAUGCGACAAGAUAUGCUAGACGUAAUGGGAUAGCUUUAAAUUUGUCGUGUUGGUUAAUGUCAUUACAGGUUUUAUUUGAAAUGUUUGGCAUUAAGGGCAUUUUUUCUUUUAGCAACUUAUACGAAUUUAUUGGAGAGUAUUUACAAGUUUUUACAAUAAAUUUAUUAAAAAUAACAAUUAACAUGUCAUAACAAAUUUUUCAACAUUUUAGACAUAGAGUGGUCUUCAUUACGGAACAUGCAGAUGUGGAAUAUUAUUUGGUAAAUUAAAAUUUCGUUGUUAGUAAUUCAAGAUAGAUAAACAUUAUUUUUAGAACUAGAAGUAGCCACUGUUACAUGUCAUUCCCACAUAUCAGAUAUACUUAGUCAUAAUGUGUUUAUUCUUAGUGUUAAUUCAAUGUCUUAUAAAGAAACUAGCUACUUUCAUGCUCCCAAUGUGCCACAUGGACAUGGCUAGUAAAAGUUUAUAUUUAAUUGUCACCAGAGUUGAAAGAUUGUAUUUAAUUUUAGUAUUAAACAUUAUUUUCAGUGGCAAAACUGAAUGUGAAUAAAAGAAUAGGGUUGGCGGGUGGGAAAUAAAGAAAUGAAUGUAAAUAUAAGAUAGUUAGCUUUUCAACAAAUUGAAACAAACCCGUUGUAUUCAUUCUAGCUAUGUUAAAUAUUCAUAAUAUUAUAUAUGCAAACAUUUUAUGUUGUAUGUUAAGUUUAUUCUAGUCUUCAGUAAUUCAAUUUAUAAAUAUUAUAGUAAGUACAUAAGUUUACAUAAUUCUGAGAGAUUGGUCGGCGUUUCCGUCCUGAUAAAUUUGUAAUAUUGCUUGACACUAAGAUUGAAUUUUCUUGCAAAGAUUGUUGUCAGUUCGGUUUUCGGUAUACUGAUGUUCCAAAAACCAGCUUGGAUAGUGAAUUUGAUUUAGUAAAUAUUUUAUACCUAGUAAAAAUUUUCGUGUGAAUGAUUAUUUCACAUUCUAUUAUCAAACACAUAGGUUGCAUUACAUUUGAAACUGCACAUAUCACUUGUUUCUCAUGCAACUAAUAUAAUAUACUAAUACAAUAAAUACCUAUGACUAUGGUGUGAAAUAAUUAUUAACACUUUAGAGAUAUUUUAAACAAAAAAUAUUAUUUUAUUCAAUUUAUUAAAUACUUUACAGUCAUAUUUCUAUUUGUAAGAAUAUAUUUUAGUAUUUAGUAAAAUACAUAUUUUGAAUCUCUGUCAUAAAAUAGAAAUGUGAUUAUUUAUUUCCUUGAAAUAAAAUGUGAUUGUUCAUUUGGUAAAGAAUAAAUAUUUGUUGUUUUGGUUUAA